GUGAGAACACUGUUUCCUGUUGUCUUUGUUCCUCUCGUUGAUUCAUGUGAGAGCUGCUGUCACCUCUCUGACCGGGUGGAGAUCUAUUCCUAUCAAAGACAAACAUUCUGAUUUAUCAUGAUCCGGAUUUAAACACAGAUACAGGUCCAGGUACUUAGACCGGAUCCCUUUCUGAGACCAGCCUGAUCCUCAGAGAUCAGACUGACACUAACAGCAGAGAGCUGACCCUUUGGUGCUGACAUGUUGGAGUAAAUAUAUAAAAUACAACAUCAUUAAAACAGAUAACGGUCUGAUAUAUGAGCCGAAUUAAAGAGGCCUCUCUCUUUAGUAAGGUCUGUGUGUUUUUAACUCUGUGUCUGAAGAAGCUGCUGGACUUUGUCACCAUGAGGAGACUCUUAACCAGGAUCAUAAACAGAGUUCUGCUGACUGAGGGGUUCACUAAAGGCAUGGGGUUAGAGAUACACACACAGGGCCGCAGGAGGAUGGUGGUGGGCCUGGGGAACCCGGGGAUGGAGGGUACCAGACACAGCGUGGGCAUGGCGGUGCUUGGCGCCCUGGCAGCCCGGCUUGGCGUUGGUGACCGUUGGCGCGGCGACAAGCACGUGUCGGGUGAGGUCAUCGUGUGGGAGGUGGAGCAGACUCAUGUGGUGCUGCUCCGUCCCAGGCUGCUCAUGAACAUCAACGGGGUGUCAGUCGCCAAGGCAGCUGGUAAAUAUGGGAUCAGGCCUGAAGACAUCCUGCUGGUCCACGAUGAGCUGGACAAACCUCUGGGGAAGAUCGCCGUCAAAAAUGGAGGAAGUGCAAGGUCAGCUUAAUUCCUCAUG